AUGCGUCUGGGACGCCCGGCAGCAGCGCCCGCGUCGAGGCUGGCCCCCGCCCUGGCACUUUGCCGCCAGCGACGUUGCAGCUCUUCCACGUCGCCCGUGCAGCCGCAGCCGCAGACGCAGACGCCGCAGCGUGCGUUCCGCCGCACCAAACGGACAAACUACGCGGAUCGCGAGCAGGUGCUGUUCCCAGUCGCCUGCAGCCUCCCCGCCCGGGGUGAGGCACCGGAGGGGGCUCCCCCCCCGCUCCGCGCCGGCGCCGCAGCUGUAACGUCCACGCAUGCCACGCCGGCGUCGCUCACGCGCGGCGAUCGCAUGGAGCUGCGAAGGUCCGCGGUUGUGCUGAACGCCCUGGCGACACCCGUCGUGGGUCGGUUGGUCUACUACGGACUCACUGCCAUGGCAUACGUGGGGUACGGCAUCGGGAGGGUGUCCUUCUACACACGACAGAGCCUCGCACCUCCGCUGCCCUCGCCCGUGUCCUCGUCAACGUGGCCGGGGCUGGCGUCGUCCACCGCGUCGUCUGCGGCGGUGCAGCACCUCAUUGAGAUGGGGGCGUACGAGCAGGCGGCAACGGCAGCGGCGGCAGGAGGGGGCCUCCAGAGUGCCGCGUCCGGCGGCGUGGACGUCCCACUGUUCCGCGGCAUUCUGCACGGCACUGCGCUGGAAUGCCUUUACGUGGGACUCAGUCCCAUUCAUAGUCGUGGGCUCAUGACGACGCGCGACCUCCCGCGUGGCACCCGCAUCAUUACAGAGCCACGGCGUAGCUACAUGGACGCCGCAAACUUCGUUCCCCUUCUGGCAGACACGCAUGUGCGGCUCCCCGAUACCUGGCACUACACACACCCCUCUGGCACGCUGCUGGAGCUCGUCACACAGCCGCUGCCGCACCAUCUUAUCAACCACAGCUGCGAUCCGAACGUGUGCAGCGGCCUCUCCCGUGAGUUCUGGCCCGCGGCGGCGGCCUCCGCCAACGCCGAGCUGCUCGACCGUAUCCGAGGCUUCUCGCACUUUGAGGACCCUAAUAGUUUUUUCACCACCCGCGACGUGCCGGCUGGGAGUGAGUUGACGCUGAGUUACGCCCACCGCGUUGCCCCCCUCUUCUCCGGCGAGGACCCGCUGCAGAAGUUUUUCAUGCUGUGCCGCUGCGGCUCGCCCACAUGCCGCCACUUUGUGUACCGGCCCCCCGACGAUGUCAUGCGUCACCUCACACGCCGCCCUCGUCGGUGGCGUGGCGGCAGCAGUAGCAGAAAGGGGAGAAACCACGACGACGACGACGACGACGUCGCAUCGCUGCUGCGCUUGGGCUUCGACGACGAAACAGUCCUACUGUCGCUCCUGCCGUCGCGGGCGCGGCUGCUGGCGUACGUGCGAACACAUUUGGCGCCGUCGCGUCGCACCGUGGCGAAGGGCAGGCUGCUGGCGUCCUACCGGCACGUGUUUAAACUCCUCAACGAGGCCGCACCGCAGCGGCGCGGAGAGCGUGAGUGUGCGAGGCGGGGGAUGGACGGUACUUCUUGCGCGGAGAAGACCCCGUGA